CACAAAAUUGAGCUAUUUUGAUGCUUAAACAGACAUACUACGCGGAACUUAUUCAGAAACCAGAUGUGUGUUAAGAAUUCAGUAGUUUUGGUGCCCCAAAAACAUAAAAAAUAUCAAAUUUUUCCGAGUUUGUUAAGCACGGCAAAUUUGCCGAAUUUGCCGUGCUCGGCAAAUAUUGAAAAAAGAGAUUUGGCGAAUUUGCCGAGCUCGGCAAAUUUUGAGAUUUGCCGCACACCCCUGCUACCGACCAACAAUCAUGAACGGCUGUUUUCUGAUCGCCGCGGAGAUACAGAAUUUGUGGGGGUUUUUUGGUAGGUAAGAAUGUGCCUAGGUGCCUACGUGACUGCUCAUUUCUUUUUGUCUACUGCACUCUCGGAUGAUCCAACUUUGCAUUUGGUCGCUAGGCGACAGAUCCCACGGCAGGAAAUAACAAUCCCAUAGGCUAUCUUAAAUUUGACUUGAUUUUGACAAAAAAAAUGAUUAGAUUGGAUGUGGGAGGCCGGAAGUUUUCCACGAAUCGAUCUACUCUGACAAAAUUCGAUGGCUACUUUAGGAAGUUACCGAAACUUAAAGACGAGAGCUCUACCACUACUCGUAUUGUCAUCGACCGGUCCCCCAAACACUUUGAAACAGUUUUGAACUUCAUGCGGGACGGGAGCGUAGAUCUUCCAGAAUCUCUAAAGCACCUUCGGCAGUUGCUCAGAGAAGCGAUUUUCUACGGCUUAGAAAAGUUGAUAGAAUGUUGUAAGCAAGCAAUGGCAACUUCUGAGAUUGUUGCCGUUGCUCCAGAAGAGCCUAAAAGCCCUGACACAGUGGUUCCCUUAUUGUCAGACUACCAGGUUAACAACAACGAUCUGCAGCACAUGGUCCGGAUAUGUGGAGACAUUUUGAGAAAGCUUGGAAAUCACAACAUUCUCAGUCUCCCAUCAGUUUAUACAUUUGACGACUACGUCAAUUAUCUCAAGUCGGUAACCUCCGCGAUCAUUCCUGCAGUUUAUGCCAGAAUCUCCAAUUGGCGACAUUAUUUCAAGAAAAGUGAUGAAGCACACAGUUGUGUUCAAAAAAUCAUCCAAUGGAUUUACGCAAUGUUCGCUGGUUUUAAUAGACUACCGGCUGCCGUGCAUUGGGAACUUGCUCUGUUGCUAUGUGUUUUGAUGGUCUUCCAAACCUGUUAAUGAUCUAUACUGCUUUUUAAAAUUAUAUAUCUUACCCUUGACAGUAAAUAAAAAAAUUUCAAAAAU